AUGCUCGGUAAAAUCGCGCUCGAGGAAGCAUUCAACCUGCCACGGUUCGCAGAAAAGCAGCGAUGGUGGGCGUCAAUGUUCGCCACAGACCCAGACAAGCACGCUCGGGAAAUGGGUGACAUUGCCGACAUCAGACUUCAGUAUAUGGACAAGCAUGGGGUAGGGUAUCAGAUCUUGUCGUACACUGCGCCGGGCGUGCAAGACAUCUUCGACAGAAAGGAAGCAGAGGCUUUGGCAACCGAAAUCAACGACUACAUUGCCCCGGCCGUCAAGGAACACCCGGAUAGGUUUGGGGCUUUUGCGACGCUUUCAAUGCAUGACCCGGAGCAAGCAGCAGCGGAGCUUCGGCGUUGUGUAACACAGUAUGGCUUCCUUGGGGCGCUGGUCAACGACACACAGCGUGCAGGUGCCGACGGAGAGGACAUGAUCUUCUAUGACUCGGCGGAGUGGGACGUGUUCUGGGCGACGGUGACUGAGCUCGAUGUCCCCUUCUAUUUGCACCCGCGCAACCCGACCGGAGCGAUGUACGAAAAGCUAUGGGCGGCGAGAAAGUGGCUGAUCGGGCCCCCGUUGAGCUUCGCCCAGGGCGUCAGUCUGCAUCUGCUCGGGAUGGUGACGAACGGCGUGUUCGACCGGCAUCCCAAGCUCCAAGUCAUCAUCGGCCACCUGGGAGAGCACAUACCGUUCGACCUGUGGCGCAUCAACCACUGGUUCGAGGACAUCAAGAAGCCGCUGGGGCUGAAGGAGACGUGCAAGAAGACCAUCCGUGAGUAUUUCGCGCAGAACAUCUGGAUCACCAUGAGCGGGCACUUUUCGACGCCCACGCUUCACUUCUGCAUGACCGAAGUUAGUGCUGAUCGGAUCCUGUUCUCGAUCGACUAUCCCUUUGAGAGCUUCGCAGACGCGUGCGAGUGGUAUGACAAUGCAGAGAUCAACGAGGUCGACAGGAGAAAAAUGGGAAAAGAGAAUGCGAGGAGAUUGUUCAAGCUAGAGAAGUUCAAGGACUGCGACGCCUAG